ACGCUCCCUCGUCUUGUCAUCGGCUCCACGCCUCUCGCGGAAGUGAUACGUGUGUUUGAGAGGUUGGUGUAGCGUGUGUGUGUUUGUUCUGAUCUGGUUGGUUUGGUUCUGCAGGUUUGGGAUGGUCGCUGCUGCGGCUUUGUGAUGCUGCGUCGGGUUCGGGUGCAGCUCCGGCAGGCGGCGGAUCAGAUGGCGAGAAGACCCAAACUCUGCUGCGGGGCGAUAGCGCUCACCUGUGCGCUCAUAUUACCCAUAACAUUCACUUGGGGUCCGGUGAAGAACGUGGUAGCGGCCGCUCGUAGUCCUGUUCGGUUUUUCACUGCAGGUGUUCCGGUGGUGGAUCUGUUUCUGGGUCAGUUAGAUGAAGCAUAUCGUCUCAGAGAUGAAGCUGAUGUGUCUGUGAUGUUUUACUACGCCCCCUGGUGCGCUCGCUCCAUCACUGCACGACAACACGUCCAACACGUCGCCCUGCGUCUGGCUGAAGAGGUGCAGUUUGUGGCAGUGAAUUGUUGGUGGCAUCACGGCAAAUGUAGAAAACAGAAGAACUUCUUCCAGUAUCCUGUUAUUCAUCUGUACUACAGGAGGUUCGGUCCGAUCGAGUACAGAGCUCCGGUUCUUUCAGAGUAUCUGGAGAGUUUCAUUCAGAGAGUUUCACGUCCACUCACGUACCUGCCCACCCGUAAAGCCCUGCACACCUUCCUUAACCACCAGCAGCAGGGUGUGGUGGGUUAUUUUGAGUUUAAUUCGUCUCCUCAGCCUGCUGGUUACCUCGUCUUUCUGUUUUCAGCUCUGAUGGCGCUCAGACGAGAUCAUCAAGGGCCGGUGCAGUUUGCGGUGGUAACCAAUCAGGCGGUAGCAGAGAGUGUUUUGCUCACAGAAGAUGAAAGUGUUUAUUUACAUCGGCGUUUAAACGGCUCACUGGUUUUCCCGCGGGAUCAGAGGAACUUUACAGCCGAAGAUGUCUGUGAUUGGGUGUAUGAGAACAGAGAGAGUCUUGUUCACUGGAUUCAGCCAACGGGAGCAAAGAGUUACUUGCUGGAGGCGGAGCUACUGAAAGGCCCCGCCCUCCUUACGUUCCUUCCACACAAUCCUCUCCAAGCCAAUCAGCUGCUGACUCAGGUUUCUGAGUUGGCGUUCCGGUAUCACUCCUGCUGCGGGUCGGAAGUCCCACGAUGCUGUCGGUCACUGCCGGUCUCUAGCGGUCAGGUGAAUGUUUGUGAACUGUGUGUCAGCCGCUCACGUUUUCUCCCUCCGGUUCGCUCCCAUUGCUCAGUUCUGGAUCUUCAAGCGGUUCUGGAUCAGGUUCCGGUCUUGGGUCCUUUCUGCGGUCACGUCCAGAGCUCCUACAGUCCAUAUAACCGGUACGAGAUCUGCUGCAGAGCCCAGCAAAAAUCUCAGCACCGCCCCCAGCCACACGACUCCAUCGCUGGCCUGCAGUGUCGGACCAAUAAGACGCUGCGCUUUUACCUGCUGGACUCUGACCUUAACUGGCCACUGGCACAGAGACUCGGAGCCGAGCACAGCGAUCUGCCCUUCAUCACCAUCAUCAACCUCAGAGACGAGACACACUAUCUGCUCAACAACACUGAUUCACUGGAGCGUUUCAUUCAGAACUUCAGCGCUCCUUACAGUCCUCUACACAGACAUCUGGUUGGACAAGAAAAACAACAGCAUCACUCACAAACUCUUAUACAGGAAGUGACCUCACACAGCUUCCUGGACACAGUCAUGGAUUCACAGAAGGAUGUGCUGUUGUUGUAUUAUUCAGGCUGGUGUGGAUUCUGUUCAGUUUUGAAUCACGUGUUUCUUCGUCUGGCUCGUCUGUUUCAGGGAAACAACACCAUCACUGUUGCCAGGAUGAAUGUGGCAUUGAAUGAUCUCCCCUGGGAGUUUAUGGUGGAUCAUCUGCCUUCCAUACUCUUCUUCCCAAGACAAAGGAAGCAGAUGAGCGUAAAAUUUCCAGAAAACACCCCUGUCACUCUUCCGAACCUGCUCCGGUUUGUCCUGCAGCACACGAGUCACGCCCCCUGGGCGGAGUCAGAUGGUGGGCUGGGCACAAAGUCUCUUCUGGAGGCGGAGCUUCAGGUCCUACAGCAGGAAGUGUUUUCUCUGCAGCGGGCUCGAGAGCGUCUCUCUCAGCAGCUCGCUGUGUUGUGGAGGGAUAACCGCCGUCUCACGCUGCACACUCACACGCUGCAAUCCCAGAAUGCCGAGCUGCAGGCGCAGAGCGAGCGUCUAGAGACACUGUACAAGGAGAAAACACGUCAGCUGACUGACACCGUUUAUAAACUACAAGAACUCGCUGAUGCAUCUGAAGAGCUGCUGAAGGAAAACUCACUGCUGAAAGUGCUGCUGAGUGCUCUCAGAGACAGAGACAGACACCAGACAGACAGACAAGUAACAGAGAGACAGACAGACAGGUAGCAGACAGACAUCAUUCCUGUCAUUCAGAGCUGCUCUCUCUAACACAUUUGGACUGUGAUUCAGUAUUCAGGGAUUUGUUUAUAUUUGUCUGAUUGUUAUGUGUUCAAAUAAAUCAAAGACAAGAGUGAUUUUUA